GAUACUACCGGGACUCGGGGGGAGAGUAUGUGCCCUUCUAGUGUGGAACCAAAAUUGUGGCUUUCCUUCAUCCUCCCCGUACGUACAAAGAGAGAUUUUUAUCUAUGUUUCAAAACGAACCUCUUUCAGUCGAAAAACAAAACGCAAGGAAUAAGGGGGAAAAGCACCACUCUCAAGCCACAAGAAGAAUGACGUGGUCAAACUUAGCUCCAUUGCCGAGGGCGCAGAUGCCUCGUAUUGUUUGUAAGAAGAGAGAGAAAGAAAGAGAUGAGCAUCCUUAUAAAGUCAUCGAAAUUUCCCCACCACCCAAACACCUUGGUAUCCGUUGCUUUCCUCUUAACCUUCAGUGUGGGGAGAGUGUGAUAAUUGAAGGACAAACAUACACAAUUUCAGCUGUUACCCACAAAUACCAACUCCGGAAGGGAAAGUAUGAACCCAGUGAAAAGAGGCUUGAUGUAAUGUCCACUGGAAGAUACAUUUUGAAUUUGUAUCUUGAAAAUUUGGUGCAGAAAUCUUGAUCUUUAAAAAAUAAAGUGAUGUCUAUGUAAAUAGAUUAUGAUGUGUAAUGCUGGAAGCUAUGCUAUUCAACGAUUGCGUCCUUUCCUGAAUGAUAGAUCACACGUGAUUUCGGUGGU